GAUGUCAGUGAACCUGUGGAGUCGCCCGCGGAGGAUGCCGUUGCAAAGCCUCCAAUCCAUGAGGAGCUCAAACAGAGGGGUCGGGAGGACUUCUCGGACUGCAGCACGAUCCCCUCGGAGCCCACGCCGGAGUGCCGGCGCAGCACGACGAUGAUGACGGAUAUGACGAGUAUGCUUGUGGAGUAUCAGCCGACGAGUGGUAAAGCGGAGAGCGAACCUUCUGACCGUCCAGAAUCUCCACUUCCACCAGACCGUGAGCCGGCUGACGAGCAGCCAGCGGCACACCUGCCAAUUCGAAAUGCGCCUGAAAGUCCAGGAAAUGCAGCGCACUCUCAGGGCCCUAGUCCCUGCAACAGGAGACGCGAUGCCUUUAAAAAGAUGGGUAAACGAGUCACUGCACGGCUCACUGUGAAGUUCAAGAAGCUACUGCGAAAACAGUCCACAGUGAGAUCUGCCGCUGGGAGCCUUCCAGACGUGGAGAUUCCCCCAAAGCCACCUCUGACCAGCCACAUGAUCCAGCAGGCCACUGUGAGCAAGAUCUGGUCCGUGCUAAAGAGGCUGGAUGCUUGCCCUCUGAUCCAGUUUCUGAGUCAGGCAGGCAACUGCUAUGACUUCCAUACAACGCCCUGGGUGGCCUGCAAUGUGAUUCCUGGUGCCCAGGUCCGCAAGUGUUGCUACAUGGCCCCAGUCCCAGAGGACGUACCAGGUUUUGCAAGGCGACUGCUGAACGUCCCAGACCAGCUAAGCUCCACGUCCGUGUGGCGUUUGGUGCGGGACCCUGAGGAGAUGCGAUUCGUGCAGCACAGCUAUACCUCAGACGUGCUCUACGGGGACCGUUUCAAGGUACAAUGCACGGUACGUUUUCGAGAACAAACUCAGGGUGUCGUGGUGGAUCAAUGGUGCGACAUCGUGUGGGACAAACCGUUGCCUUGGACGCACGGCGUGGUGCGACAUUUCAUCGAACAUCGCGCACGCCAUGAUGCGAUGGCCAUGGGUGGUGACCUCGUACGGUGCAUACAGGAUGCACUGGAGUCACAGGACCUGGCACUGGAGCACAGCGAGGAUGUUUCCGGACCGGAAGCGAUGUCCGAGGUGCUCAGUGGGGACGAGGUCUUUGGGCAGCCGGCGCCAUCCCCUGAGGAGGCUCGCCGUCAUCGUCUGUAA